AUGAGCUAUCCAGGAUACCCUCCUCAGUCUGGGGGCUACCCUCCAGCGCAAGGUGGCUACCCUCCGGCGCAAGGUGGCUACCCUCCGGCUCAAGGCGGCUACCCACCAGCACAAGGCGGCUACCCACCAGCUCAAGGCGGCUACCCACCGGCUCAAGGAGGCUACCCACCGGCUCAAGGAGGCUACCCACCAGCUCAAGGUGGCUACCCACCAGCAGCAGGCGGCUACCCACCCCAGGCAGGAGGUUUCCCUCCAGCAGCAGGGGGCUACCCUCCCCAGGCCGGUGGUGGUUUCCCUCCUGCAGCUGGAGGCUUCCCUCCUCAGGCAGGAGGAUACCAAGCACAGUCUGGAGCAGGAGGUUACCCCUCCAUGCCUGCAGGAGGUGGAGGCUGGGGAGCAGCACCAGGCGGCUAUGGAGCGCCAGGAGGAGCUCCGCAGGGAUACCAAGGUCCUGCCCCUGGCCAGCCCAUGCCACAUUACCCCGGAGCCCCAGCGACUAACCCCUCAAUGCCUGGAUACGGAAGCGGAGCUCCGUCCCACCCUCAGGCACCUGCCAUUUCUAAAGGGUUCAGGGGUUCUAUCAAAGACUUUCCAGGGGCUGAUCCACUGAGGGAUGUUGAAGUUCUCCGAAAAGCUAUGAAGGGUUUUGGUACUGAUGAAAACGCCAUUAUUGAACUCCUGGGAAGCCGUUCCAACAAGCAGAGGGUUCCAAUGGUUGCAGGCUAUAAAACAACUUAUGGGAAGGAUUUGGUCCACGAUCUGAAGUCUGAGCUCACUGGAAACUUUGAGAAGCUGGUUCUCGCUAUGAUAAUGAGGCCUGCACACUUCGAUGCGUCUCAAAUGAGAGAGGCUAUAAAGGGUGCAGGAACUGACGAAGCCUGUCUGAUUGAGAUUCUUUCAUCACGCUCUAACGCAGAAAUUCAAGAAAUCGCCACAGUCUACAAAGCUGAGUAUGGGAAGAGCCUGGAGGAUGCCAUCAGCAGUGACACCUCCGGUCACUUCCGCAGACUCCUUGUCGCUCUCUGCCAGGGAAAUCGCGACGAAAGAGAGACUGUUGACGUCGCCCUCGCCAAACAGGAUGCUCAGAAACUGUAUGCCGCUGGGGAGAAUAAAGUUGGAACUGAUGAGUCUCAGUUUAAUGCCAUCCUGUGCGCCCGCAGCAAGCCUCACCUUCGAGCAGUCUUCCAUGAAUACCAGCAGAUGUGUGGGCGAGACAUUGAGAAGAGUAUCUGCAGGGAAAUGUCUGGAAAUGUAGAGGACGGCAUGGUGGCUGUGGUGAAAUGCAUCAAGAACACCCCUGCCUACUUCGCAGAAAGGCUCCACAAGGCCAUGCAGGGAGCAGGGACCAAGGACACAACCCUCAUCCGAAUAAUGGUGUCCCGCUCUGAGGUCGAUAUGUUGGACAUCAGAAAGGCGUAUGUGCAGGCUUAUGGAAAAUCACUGUACACUCACAUCUCAGGUGACACCUCCGGGGAUUACAAGAAGCUGCUGUUGAAGCUGUGUGGAGGUAGCGACUAAAAGGGAAGGAAGAGAACCAUUCAUAAGGACAAAAUAUAUGUCCACACUGAAAUAAAGUUAUAGGACCUUAUAUCACAUAUGAUGCAUGUAAUUAAAGUUAGUUUUAGUUUUCUAUAACAACAAAUCAUGAUUACUCUUAUAUUUUCUCCAGUGACACUUGUUUUUAUUGUGUUGGAGUAGGUGAUUGCCAAAUAGUAAAUAUAUUAAUAUCAAUAUUUUUUAAAGAUAGACUAGAUUUUGUCAUUGCUUAGUAGAAAGUGAAGUACUGAAGCAAAACGUGCCUGAACAUUUCCUACUGAAUUGAGAACUGAACUAUGAAAUCUGACUAUACAAAUUAUAUUAAUACUAUUUAAAUUGCCCAACAAACUGCUUUAGUUUGAUUUAAGAAAAACUUUAUCUGAAGGAACAAAAUAAGAAAAACCUAAAGAUGCAGAACAAGAACGAUAUCUAAUAUAUAAAGUAAAUGUAACAUUUAGCACAUUAUUAUCUGUUACUGUGGUAAAUUGUACCUUACCGCCAUGUAUUUCAACUAUGUACAAGUGAAUAAACGUUAAUUGUGCGAGAGUAUUAUGCAAAUAAGAAAAUUAUAACUGAACCUCACACAUUUAAUUCCUGUAAAAUUCGAGGUAAUUUUUGAAUGUAAGACAUAAAGCUUUACAAAAAGCAUCUCCUCUAUCUUCAUGCUAACUAACCAGGAGUUUUACUCCAGCUUGCAAGUCUAUGCAAAUGAGUUCUUCACUUUAUAUCCCUCAUUUAGCUUUAGAAGACUCCCCGUGUUUCUGAAAUAAACUUCUUCAAUCAUUGCUCAACACUUACAGAUAAUGUUGCCUUUUUGCUGAAAAGCCAAAGCCUGAAAGCUACGUCAUGUUGCCUUUUUGUCGGGGCUGCUGUGUGAACAGUUUCACUGUGGUUUAGCUCACAAACAAUCACUAAUCAUACUUGGCCACUGAAAUAGAGUGAUUACAUUGUUUGGUUCUCAGUUUUUUGUUUACAUUUUUUUCCCCCAGUGUAACUGAUUUGUGUGUUUUGUCACCAGUAGAGGGCUCUUUGAGCACACAUUACAAGUGUAAGUUCUUCUCUGUGUGAUUAUUUUGCCUCAUAAUGAAUGUAGCUUGAAUCUGAGUAUCCUUUAUCGUCCCUGUAACAUAAUAAUGGCUAAAAUUCAAUGUAUGCCUUUGUAGUAUUCUAACAUUUUGUCAUUUCAUAGGCUCAGUCUGGAGAGACUUACAGACGGCCACUUUUCAUUUCAUUAAAAAAACAUUUUGGCUUA